UUGGUUGCCGUACCGCCCUAUCAGCGUGACUAUGGAAAGGCGGUCCCAGUUGUAAUAGAAAUACUACCUGUAUUCACUCAGAGUUGGAUUCUGACCCUUUAAAAUGAGCUCUUCUGAUAUGAAGAUCAUCACUGUCAUCGGCAGUGGGCUGAUUGGCCGCUCCUGGGCUAUGGUGUUUGCUAGUGGAGGCUACAGCGUGAAGAUCUAUGACAACCAACCUGGACAGUCUGCAAAGGCCAUCGUGGAGCUCAAGAAAGAGCUGCAGGAGCUGGAGGAGGCCCAAAUGCUAAGAGGGGAGCUGACGGCCGCCCAACAGGUCGCUCUGAUCAGCAGCUACGAUGAUCUGACUCAGGCUCUAGAGGGAGCCUUCUUUGUCCAGGAGUGUGUAUUCGAGCAGCUCGAGGUGAAGCAGAACAUCUUUCAGGACAUCGAGCGUCUUGUGGGUAAAGAUGUGAUCCUGAGCAGCUCCACCUCCUGCCUGGUGCCGAGCAACGUCUUCUCCAAAGUGCAGAACAGGAGCCGCUGUCUCGUCUCCCAUCCGGUAAACCCACCCUACUACGUCAAACUGGUGGAGCUGGUACCUCACCCAGAGACAGCGGCGACCGUUAUGGACACCACCCACACCCUGAUGACCAAGGUUGGCCAGGCGCCUGUCCGUCUGAGAAAAGAGAUUGAUGGCUUUUCCCUUAACAGAGUCCAGGCAGCCAUUAUUGCAGAGUCAUGGAGGCAGGUCCAGGACGGCAUUAUCUCAGUGAAGGACAUCGACCUGGUGAUGUCAGAGGGACUAGGAAUGCGUUACGCCUUCAUAGGUCCCAUGGAAACAAUGCACCUCAAUGCACCUGAAGGGUUGGAGGACUAUAUGAAGCGAUAUGGACCAGGCAUCCAGAGGGUCCUGACUUCUUUCGGACCUGUACCUGAUUUCUGCGGUGAGGGAUCCAAAGGCAUCAUUAAUGAGAUGUGUGAGCUGAUUCCCAGCGAUCAGCAGCAUCUGUCAGCCAGCAAGGACAGGAGGGACCAGCUCCUCAUGGGUCUGGCCAAGCUAAAGAAGGACCACCGUCCUUCUGAAGAUCUGAAUUGAAGCGUCCAAAAUAGUCAACAUUUUCAUUGUAAUGAGUAGGAUCAUGACCUUGUAGUAUCUGAUCUCAGACAUGCAUUACUUAAUAAGAUAGUAGAAUGGAAUCUGUUUUGCCUGUUGUAGUAUCUGACCAGCAACUUGGGGGAAAACAUACAUUUCCUUUUUCCCUAUGUAAGUGUUUUGGUGUUUCUGUUUUGGUUUGGGAAUGUUUAUUUUAAAGUGACUUCUGUGCCUGGGAGAUUGUAAAGUGAAGUGGGGCCUGUCAUUGAAGGGAAGCCAUAUGUUAUGUUAUGUUGGGUUUCAAUACAUGAACCUAUAUCAGUGAGUGCCUUCUGUUAUCCUAGAAGAGAACCUCUGUGUUAUGUUGAUUUCAGGGGUGCAUCCUGUUUCUCACCACAGUCGUCAGAUGUUGAGAUCAUAUCCUUCACCAGAAGGGUGUAAAAUGACCACUAGCUCAUCAUUCUGGGAGAUGUUCGACAACCUCUGUAGGAUUUUACUUUGUUGAUUGUUAUACCAGCACAUUUUUCAAUUCUGUGAAUUCUGGUCGACAUUUGAUCAAAAUGUGAGUCAUAAGGCUGAAACCAGUCAUUUGUUCAACAAUAUUGACGUUUUUUGCUCUCGAAGUACCAUUUACACACUUCACUAAUAUAAGGAAGGAGCUAUGGGUUACUACCUAAUAAGAACCAAGGAUCCACAGCAUAGUUUAUCUGUCCAUCCACAUCUUGGUGUUUCUCAGUGUUACACACCAUAUUAAUGGUCUCUUGUGUAAACAGAUUCCACAACAAAUGUGAAACAAUGUUUUGAUUAAUAAAACUAAUGAAAUAA